UAUAUAUCAGUUAAUUUCAAGUUUGCAUACAAAUGUGACUGUUAUUGAUUCCCGCCUUGAAAUCUUAUUGUGCCAAUAAUUCAUGAUACCUGCGAGCUUAUUUCAGAGAUAAUUCUUUUGUUUGAUGUUAAAAGUGUUCGGAGGAUGCCCAUACGCCAUUGCAAGAAUUUUCAGAUCUUUAAAGAAUCGAAUUAAUGAUUUCUAAAGAGUAGAUCGACUAUAUAAUCCAGCAUUUUGAAAUGAGUGUUUUCAUCCUGUGAGUGGAUUGGCCAAAAAGCAAAAAAGAAAGCAUGUAAAAUCAACUAGAUGUAGACUGGAUGAACAUUCAUGUUAAUGACUCCUUCUAAAAAUGAAGAUGGAAACUUAUUUUCUUCUGACCAGAAUGUUUUUGGUCUUCGUGCAGUUUCUUACGGGAGUGCACUCCGAUCUUGGCGGUUUAAACGAGCAUUCGACUUGCAGUGACGGUCUUGGGCUCAACUAUACCCUACCUAUGUUUGAGGUCUGCCGUGAGCGCCCCGAUGGUAACGGGGAGAUGGUGGCUACAAUCCCCAAGCUAAUAACUCCGCUUCAUCAUGAGCAUGAUGGUGAUCAAGGAUCAUGCCCUAACUCUGGGGGAGCGGGGAUGGCAGGUCUCCGGCGGUGCAGAUUUCCGGAUUGCCUUAGUAACCCGUGUCAAAACGGCUGGUGCGAAGAGACUAUGAUAGGAUUCAAGUGCCACUGCUCGGAAGGGUACACCGGGGAAAGUUGUGAAAAUAGUCUACCAACGCAGAAAUCUACAACAGAAGAAGACCUAGAUCUACGACGGAAUGGUGACGGUCUGAUGAAAUCAAAUCAAGUUAACGCAUUUAUUUUGCCUUUGUAA